GACAGAACUUGCCUCCUAACCACCAUCUGCUAGCCGGACAGCUUCUCUUCCAGCUGUGUAAUUAUCCCACACAAGCCACUCUUACAGGGUCACAAAUAUCCCUGCUUUAGACUGGAGGACUGGUUAUCUAGUGUUCCUGAAGAGUCCAAUCAGAGGAAAAAGAUGAAGGAAUGAUCUGAGAGUGAAUCACCUGCUGAACACGAUCACACACAAGAAUGCGCAUUAAAUAUACAAUUUCUGUCAUCUUUAUUGUGGCUCUGGUCAUCAUAGAAAAGGAAAACAACAUUAUUUCACAGGUGUCUGAUAAACUGACCCCAAAACUGACCCCGCUGCUGCUGCUUAGCGCUUCUCUCUUGUCUGCUGCGCAACACAAUAUCUCGACUGACAUCUCGUCUCAUCAACACGUGAAUCCUCAUCUGGAAAACUCGACUCGGUCCAUCCAGCAGUCUGCAGCCGGAGGACGGAAACACAUCCUUCUGCUGGCCACGACUCGCACCGGCUCCUCGUUCGUUGGAGAGUUCUUCAACCAGCAGGGCUCCAAUAUGUUUUACCUGUUUGAGCCGCUGUGGCACGUGGAGCGCAUGUUAACCAUUGAGACCGGCGGGACUAACGCCUCGGUUGCAGGGCCGGCGUAUCGAGACGUGCUGCGUCAGCUGCUCCUGUGUGACUUCUCGCUGCUGGAGAGCUUCAUCGAGCCGCCGCCGCAGGAUCAUGUGACCGCUGCGCUCUUCCGCCGCGAGUCUAGCCAGUCGCUGUGCGAAGAUCCCGUCUGCACGCCAUUUGUUAGGAAAGUAUUUGAGCGUUACCACUGCCGUGUGCGGCGCUGUGGUCCACUCAACCUGACGCUGGCCUCUCAGUCCUGCAUGCAGAAGCAGCACCGCGUGAUUAAGUCCGUCCGUGUGCGGCAGCUGGAGACGCUACAGCCGCUGGCCGAGGAUCCCAGACUCGACAUGACCUUCAUCCAGCUGGUCAGAGAUCCUCGCGCCGUCCUCGCCUCGCGCAUGGUGGCCUUCUCCAGCAAGUACAACGUCUGGAAGCGGUGGGCCGUGGAUGGAGACAUUCCGGUGGACGAGGAUGAAGUGAGGAAGCUCAAAGGAAACUGCGACAACAUCCGCACAUCUGCUGAGAUCGGACUGAAGCAGCCGCCGUGGCUCCGCGAACGCUACAUGCUAGUGCGCUACGAGGACAUCGCGCGAUUCCCCAUGCGCAAAGCUGCAGAGAUGUAUGACUUUAUAGGCAUUCCCUUCACUGCAAAAGUGGAAGAGUGGAUCUUAAAAAAUACCCAGGCAUCAAAGGAGGUCAGUGGAGUUUAUUCCACCCAGAAGAACUCCUCGGAGCAGGUGGAGAAGUGGAGGUUCAGCAUUCCCUUCAAACUGGUGCAGCUGGUGCAGAAAGUGUGCGGCCCCACUAUGACUCUGUUUGGAUACAAGUUUGCAGAGAACAAAGACAUGCUGACUGAUAAAUCAGUAAGUUUGAUUGAGGAGAGAACAUUUUUAUGAUUCUACACAUACUUCAUGAAGAAGAAUGAUGAGAUUCAUGAAGUAAUAUGUGACAUGAUCGAAACAUUAGCUGGAAAAGGAACUACUUUAAUACCUUCUAAAGCAGUAUUGAACAAUGAAAUAUUAUUUUAUUUUUUGAUAAAUGGCCAGUAAGUUCAUUUGACAAGUAGAAAAGAUAAUCAAGUUGA